AUGUCAGCUUCAGCUGUGCCAGGCGACAGCUUCCGUCAGAGGCUUCGAGAGAGAGUCAACCGAUUCCGCCGCAAAUCCAAUAGUUCGUCGAAAAACGCCGAGAGUAGCUCAAGGUCAAGGAACCCAGGCAGUGGAGACGGUAGCUCAAAUGCGCUCGCAGUUACGGCCAACUACCUAGCCUACCGUCAAAACCUUGAUGGCCCUGGACAAACAACCGUGGCCGGGGGAGAUGUCGUUGAGCCCGAAGUUGAGGGGGAGACGCCUAUUCCGCUGCCGCCUUCAUUGGACCUUCAAGUGAACGUCUCUGUCGAUGGAUCGAAUCUUGACAUUGCUGUUGAGGCGACCAAGGUCCCAUCGGAUCUUUGGACCGCAGCAUACCGCGACGCAGUCGACAGCCUUGGAAAAGAUAUAGACAUUGCCAUUUUGAAGGGACACAAUGUCGCCGAGCUGUUCAAGCAACUCGAAAAGAUGGACAAAGACACCACCCAGGAGUCUGUCUUUCUGAGGGGCGUGAAGUACUUGCAGUCUCUACGAGUGCCACUGGAGCGAUUCAAGCUCGCGCUGGAUCUAGCGAGUCCACUAACAAGCAUCGAGCCCACCACCGCAACCGUCUUUGGCGUGGUCAAAGGUGUAACAGCGCUUGCCAUCAGCUUAUCGACCGCCGAUCUCGAACUGGCCAAAAAGAUAGGGGAAAUGCUCGAGCAGCUGGCCUACAUUGAUGAUUGCGACACGCUUGGACAAAGAACGAACAAGGAGGACAUACAUAAGGCGCUCGUACUUGUCUAUCGGAAGCUCUUGGAGUUCUACAACACUGCGUUCGAAAUAUUGACCAGUAGCAGCGUGAAGCUGGCCAUGAAGAUGGUUCUGAGUGACGGGCGUCUACCAGACAUUGUCAGCGACUUUUUGCGACAUGCCGACCUUCUUCGAAAGCUUGUGGAGAAAGCGACCUGGGAGAUUGUUGAGGAUGUCAGAGCCAUGUUAUAUGACCAUGAGAUUGCAAGUUGGUUAGGCAAUGGGAAGAUGAGCCGACAGAGCCAUCACCAUGCUUAUCUGCAAGAGAUUCGAGUCGACAAGGCUUGCGAAUUCUUGCUCGCGGAUGCCGCCUUCAUUAAAUGGUACCACGGAGUCGAUUCUCAACAGCUAGCAAUUCUGGGAGACAUGGGGUCGGGGAAAUCAAUUGCCAUGUCUUUUCUUAUAGACGAGCUGCGUCGACGCAACGAGCAUGAACUCCCUCAGCCAAAGAUCUGCUACCACUAUUGCCAGAAUGACGGGACUGGUCAGCCAAUUUACGUGUUCUCCGUCCUCAUCCUAUCACUCCUCGAGCAACUUCCCGGCUUGAAGAAGACCUUCUUCGAAUGGUACAAACGAACUAUGGCCUCCGGAACCGAGCCUGCGACGAAUUUCAAGACCUUGGAAGAGUGGCUGCAAAACACCCUAGCAACACUCGACCGUCCCCUGAUUUUCGUCAUUGACGGUCUGGACGAAUGCGACAGACUGUCGCGGAAUCGCCUUGUGAAAUCGAUGAGAAACAUGACAGAAAAUGCCCCGAGGCUGAAGAUUCUACUCUCUUCCCGUCCUGAAGAGGAGAUCCUAGAACAAUUGAACGGCCUUGAUAAGAUUGCUAUGGGAUCUGAUCCCGCCCGGGAUCGCCUCAUUGUGGAAAGGACAGUCGAGACUCGAUUGUGCUAUUUGUCCGACGACGUCAAAGAGCUCGUUAUACACAUCUUGUCCCGUUCGGCACAGGGAAGCCCAAUAUGGACGAGGAUGAUAGUCGAAGUCAUCGAAGUCCGUGCAAUCAAGGCGAUUGGGCCGAUGCGCGCCUUCUUGAAGCGAAUACCCCAACCUAGGCAGCUUUCGGAGCUUUACGCCAACUUGUUUUCGCGCUACACCUCGGACGAUCCCGAAAACCAAAGGCUGGCUUCUACGGCAUUGGGGAUACUCGCCGUCACCAGAAGGCCGCUGAGCAUACUAGAACUUGCAUGGGCUGUGGCCUUGGGCGCCUCGCACGACACAGCUUCUACUGUGGACGCUCUUGCCGAUCUGGUGGAUCACCAAAGAAUCAUGAGUUUAAUCCAGCCUUUUGUCGCUCACGUCGACUUUGGUGACAUGACGAAGCGCCAGGUGAAACUUGCUCACCAGUCGGUGAAGGAGUUCAUCAUUGCGUCGUGGGCACCAGAUUGGUCCAGCAAGCCAAGUCUAGUCACCUCAACGCCGCCUCCAGCCCUUGAGACAGUCGCGCAGCAGCAUACUCAGAGUCUAGAGGGACACCUAUUGGCGACAUGCAUCCGAUAUCUUCUAUUGCCUGAAAUUAACCAGAUCAAUCUGUUCUCUGAAGAGCGCUUAGCAAUUGAGGAACUACCCCAGGAUCCUGAACUGUUCAAGGAAAAUCGCGAGCCGAACGACUAUGAUCAUUACUGCUCUUGGGAAGUGUGGGAAGCAAGCAUGGUGCACUACGACCCGACCGAACGCGGUUUCGGUGGGCUGUUUGUAUACGCUUCUUGCCAUUGGAUCGAGCAUUUCAGUAUCGUCACGAGUGAAUCCCACCUACCAAGACUGAACGACGUGGAGCUCUUGUGCCAGGCCGGCUCGACUCGGCUGCACAACUGGACCGCGCAAAACUGUCGCCCGGAUUGUGCAAUCAAGCCCAGGUUCGAAUUCGACAGCGCCCUGUAUGAUCCACUCAGCAUUGCUUGUCUCUACGGCUCAGAGGCCAUUAUCCAGCGUAUACUUGAAAACUCAGACCUGGACGGCCAUGCGUUCCUCCCUCGCCCACUCCUGGGUGCCGCAGAUCAGAUUAUCAAGUACGGUGAUUUGCCCAGACUCAGACUGCUCUGGGCGAGCAGGGCCGGCCACCAGCUUUACACCAUGGACUUUUUCCAAUCCGUUUUAAGACAAUGGUCGAGAAGCCCCUCUGAGAAGCGUCGCGGGGGGUGGGAAAUGGUGUUCAGCUUCCUUGAUGAUGUAUACGAGACGAUGAUCAAGGAGCGAUGGGGCCAUACGCUCUUGCGCCUGGCCGCCACGACGGGCUGCAUGCCAAUGAUCCGGCGGCUAAUGGAGGCCGCUCAGCACCAGCCGCAGCUCAGAGCCGAGCUGCUCGAGGUGUCCCAAUCUGAUCAUGGCUUGAUUGGAGCGGCCGUUUUGGGUAACCACGCCGAUGUUGUGGGAUAUCUUUUAGAGCAACGAGGUAUCGAAGCGCACCUCCAGUGCCGCAACGCGAGCGGAGAAAAUGUACUGCACCUGGCAUCUCGGCACUGCAAUCCUGCCAUUUUCCAACAGCUGGUGCCCCUUCUCAAGGAUAGCUUGUAUCAGAAGGACCAACAGGGUGACACGGCCCUAAUCCGGAUUGUUGUGAGCUCCUCGGCCUCGCAGAACCGAUGGGAGUCGGCGCGGAUCCUGCUCUCGGGACUUGCUGCCUGUGGGGCCGAUAAGGGCGAGUGUCUUCUAAGCGAGCAGCAAGAAGCUCUACGCAUAGCUACGCGGCUUGGUGAUUCGGAGAUGUGCCGCCUCUUCGACCAUGCUAGCCCGUAG